GCAGGGGUGAGGGGUGUCUGCCGAAUCUUCUGGUAUAUAUUAACAGUCAAUCAUUACAGAAGUCCAAAGGGGUCAGCAGCACUGAAAAAUCCCUGUUGAUCCCGUUUCCAUUUUUCCUCUCUUUUCGGGCCAGUGGAUACAUGUUCUUGCUGUGAUGGUGGGACCCAGGCUGUCCGUGCUCGCCGCCUGCUUCACAUGCCUGCUUUGGGCGUCUGGACUAGGGCAGGAGGUACCGCAGGACACCCCAGUGCCCUGUGAUGACAAAGGCAUUGACACAGCGGUGGACGCUGCUCUGUUGAAACUCAAUGAGAUGCUGAAAUCUGGAAAUAUCUAUGCUCUUUACCAAAUCCAUGAGGUCAAGAAGGCUGAGAACGAAUCAGGUACAGAGAUGUCGCUGCACUUCACCAGCAGGCAAACAGAUUGCCCAGUAGGGGGAGACAACAAGUGGAGAGACUGUGAAUACUUUAAAUUUGGCCCUGAUAGGCCCAGGUCUUGUAAAGCAAGAAUUUUUAUCACUGAGGGCAGUUCAGAGGUCCUUUUUGUUGACUGUGCUUCUGAGCCUGCAGUUACGUCUGAGCGAGCCCCAUGUCUGGGCUGUCCAGUGGAUAUUGAUCCAGGGAGUGAUGAUUUGAAAGAUCCAUUGAGCUUCUCUGUUGGCCAAGCAAAUGAUGCACACAAUGAGGUCUUUCUGUUCAUAUUGAGAGAUGUUGUCUCAGCCUCAAGACAGGUGGUAGCUGGAUUCAGAUACCAAUUACAAUUUAACAUGUACAGCAGCAAUUGCUCGAAAGAAGAGUUCAAGGAAGUCACAGACGCAUGUCACCCAGACCCAACCCCGACCUUUGUGAAAUGCAAUUCCACUGUGGAUGUGGCACCAUGGCGCCAUACGGUACCGGAAGGAAAUGUCUUCUGUGAGCCUGGGGAAUUCCUGGUGACACCUCCCACGAAUUCUCGGAGAAGGCCGCCAGGUUGGACUCCCCUGAGGAACAACGUUGUGGAUCCCCGGAACCCCGGGGUCAAGGAGUCUUCAGAGGAGGAAGUGGAUCCUCUGAAACCAGCCGGAACGGUGGCCACCAAUCAAGAGAUGACCGCAGCUCCCACAUCCACUCCUGACCCCUCCAGGACUCAGUCACCCCUCAACUGCCCCUCAAAGCCGUGGAAGCAAUAUGUUCCAUGGACUCCAACCACUGCUCCACCGGCACAUACCACAGCCAAGCCGCAGGUCGAAGGGGCUUUCAGUGAUCUAGAUUUGUUAGGGUGAACAUAAUCAUGUAGGCCUGUGUGCCUAUGUGGUUAUGCACAGUUAGAAGGUGUUUGUGAUAAACGGCAAAAUGCCAUAUUGUGUACUCUUAUUUGAACAAAAAAUGCUGAAUAAACUUAUUGACUUGACUUAUUUCACCCUGUAAAGAAAUUAUUUGAUGACACACUGUUAGAACAGUAUGAAAGAAUAAUUUAACCGAAUUACUGGCAUUUGCACACGUUAUCUAUGAGUUGCUUUGUAGGUUGGCCGACUGUUUUGGAAAAGCCAGAUUGUCUUGUAAAUAAAGUUAUUUUAAUUGUU